CUCUGUAGUUAUAAAUAAAUAAAUAAUAAGAGAGAGAGAGAGAGAAACAAGAGAGAGAGAGAAUGGAGAGAGCUUCAGCUUCAAGAUUCAAAAGGGUUUGUGUGUUUUGUGGCAGCAGCUCAGGGAAGAAGCAAAGCUACCAGCUUGCUGCAACAGAGCUUGGCGAUGAACUGGUUAAGAGGAACAUAGAUUUGGUUUAUGGUGGAGGGAGUAUUGGGCUCAUGGGCCUCGUUUCUCAGGCAGUUUAUGACGUCAUCGGGGUGAUUCCCAAGAGUCUGAUGCCCAGAGAGAUAACCGGAGAGACCGUCGGAGAGGUCAAAGCCGUGUCCGGAAUGCAUCAGAGAAAGGCCGAAAUGGCUAGACACGCCGACGCAUUCGUUGCUCUGCCAGGUGGCUACGGGACACUGGAGGAGCUCCUCGAAGUCAUUACUUGGGCUCAGCUCGGGAUCCACAACAAGCCGAUUGGUUUAUUAAAUGUUGAUGGGUACUACAACUCAUUGUUAUCUUUCAUUGAUAAAGCCGUUGAUGAAGGUUUCGUCACGCCCACCGCUCGUCAUAUCAUCAUCUCUGCUCAAAAUGCGCAUGAACUGCUAUCCAAGUUAGAGGAAUAUGAGCCGAGGCAUGAUGAGGUGGCACCCAAGCUCAGCUGGGAGAAGGAGCAAUUGGGGCACGCACCCAAAGUAGAAAUUGCCCGUUAGCCGAAGACCAUGUAAAUAUCAAUCAUACGCAUUGACCAACCAUCAAAUUAAUCUCGUAUAAUUCUGGUUAUAUUUUUUUUAAUUAAUUCUAGCGAGCGAGUAGGCUAAUGUUCACUUUUUUAACGCCCACUUGAUAUUGUCCUUCUCUUUUUUUUAUUCAGGUUUUUUUUUUCCUAAUGUAUGUAAUGGGCCCCACUUUGACUUGUCUGAAUUCGAAAUUCCCUUCUCUCUG